GCAGCGCUUGACACUGGCAGAGGUUCUCUCUCCAAUGAGGAAGCCUCUUGCACUGUAUGUGAUUUCUGUUUCCUCUGUGUGCUCGCACCUCUUGCAAUCAGAUGGGUGCGCUGUGAGGAGCCCGGCGGGGCUGACACCUCGUCCUGCUGUGGAAGCAUAAGCAAACAUGGCCCUGCCGCGAUGGAUCUUUCUUCUGCUCCUCACACCUCUGCUGACAGCAAAGGAGGAGGAAGAGCCGGACCCCAACACCUCCGGAGAGCCUGAGGAAACAGGAAGAUGUAAGGCUCCCUCCGACUGGGACUCCAAGCUGCGGCUGACCCCAUACCACAGCAGCUAUGCCCUGAACGACUUGGUGCAGCUGAGCUGUGCUGGGGAGUAUAUGCCAUCAGUCUCUCGGAUCAGAUGCAUUACCAAUGGGACCCACACUUUGUGGAACACGACUGCCACCUGCAAGGAGAAAUGCCAGCAGCCCCAGUGGGACUCGAGGCUCCACUUUACCCCAGACAAGAGUUUUUACAGGAUCCAUGAAGAGGUGACACUGAGCUGCUCUAUGGAGGAUCCUGUUGCCCUUGCCGUGAUCAGAUGUGCAAAAGGGACAUCUCCAGACUCUAAGUACGACUGGGAGAUGGACAGUCAGGGAACAUGGCAUGGGGUGACAGAGAACCUGACCUGUACCACAGCUCCACUAGAAACGUGCCAAAGGCCCCGGUGGGACACGAGACUCCGGCUGAAACCAAACCAAGAUAGUUACCAGAAGUAUGAAGAAGUGAUGCUGAGCUGUCUUAAGGGUUUCCAGCCAUCCUUCACCCAUGUCAAAUGUAUAGGAAAAACCAUGUCCAAUAGCAAUGGGAAACCUGAAUACAGAGAGGUUUGGCUUGGAAAGGACAGCAGAGGCCAGUGGAACCAGGCUCAGGACAAAGUGGAGUGCAUUGAAACGUGCCAAAGGCCCCAGUGGGACACAAGUCUCCAGCUAGCACCAGACCAGAACAAUUACAAGAAGAAUGAAGAAGUGAUGCUGAGCUGUCCUGAGGGUUUCCAGCCAUCAGUCACCCACGUCAAGUGCUCAAGGGAAGUCCAAUCUGUCAGUCAUGGGAAAUCAGAAGUUUGGUUUGGAAAGGACAGCGGAGGCCGGUGGAACCGCAUUCGGUACAAAGUUGUGUGCAUCGAAACGUGCCAAAGGCCCCGGUGGGACUCAAGACUCCAGCUGUCACCAGACCAAGAUAAUUACAAGAAGUAUGAAGAAGUGAUGCUGAGCUGUCCUGAGGGUUUGCAACCAUCCUUCACCCGUGUCAAAUGCAUGAGAAAAUUCCUAACCCUAAGUCAUGGGAAACCUGUGUACAGAGAGGUUUGGCUUGGAAAGGACAGCAGAGGCCGGUGGAACCGCACUCAGAACACAGUGGAGUGCAUCGAGGUGCUCCACGUUGACCCCAGGACCCUGGAGGUUUCCAGCACCAGCAUCAAACUGAACUGGUCCUGCCAGGUCCCUGAGGCGUGCUCACGCAUGCGGGCCAUGUGCCGGCUGGCAGGGCCUUCCUCCCCUCCCUGUGAGGCUGAGGAGGUGCUGGGAGAGGAGAUGCUCCAUGGGCAGGAGGGGACAUUCUCCUGCCCUGCUCUGCAGCCCUUCACUGAAUACAGCGUCACCAUCUCCCUGCCGCCCAGCACCAUCCUGUACAAAGGGCUCUUCAGGACAAAGGAAAUGGUGCCGGACAAACCAGAGCAGCUGUGGCUGGAUCCCAGCACGGGGUCCCUCAGCUGGGAGCCGCUGCCCUCCUGCAAAGGGGAGAUCAUUGGAUACCAGCUGAACAUCACGGCCAGGAGCGCGCAGGACCGCGCUUUGCUGGAGCUGGAGCGGCUGCGGCUGAGCAGCUCCGCCACCGCGCACCCGCUGCCCGCGCACGGCCCCGGCACCAGCUACGUGGUGACCGUGCGGGGACUCACGGCCGCCGGGGCCGGGGCUGCGGCGCUCCGGGAGUUCCAGACCAACCGCUCGGACGCCCCGCAGCCCCUGCCCAGGAGCUGCCGCAGCGCCCGUGACAUCUCCUCAUCGCGAGGGACGGCCGUGCUGCCCCUGCUCCCCAUCGCCCGGCACCACGAGCCGCCGACGGAGCACCAGCUGCUCGUGGCCGCCAUGCACAACAGCACCACGGUGGAAGGCGUCUGCUCCGCGGAGCCGCAGCCCUUCAACGCCAGCCGGCAGCCCGGGGCCUACGUGGCCGCCGUGCUCAACCUCAGCUCCCCCAUGGACUUUGUGCUGGGCGACGGGACCCGCGGGCACGGCUACCACAACGCUGCCCUGCGCCCGGGCUGCAGCUACACGGCCCUGCUCCGCCUCGUGCGCCGCUCGCAGCAGGCAGAGAAGUUCACCUGCAUCUGCUACAGCUUCUCUCUCGGGCAGGAGCCGGUGCCUCUGCUGAGCAGCAUGUCUGUAGCUACGGCAGUAGCACUGGUCGUCGCACUCCUGGCACUGGGGAUUUUGCUGCUCUUUGGGAUCUUCAGGAGGAAGUUCCGCAGUUCAAAAACCUCAGAGAACAGCGGCACCAUCCCCCUGAGAAGAUACCGAGGAGGUGUGAGCAAGAUGAACACGCAGAUCCCGGUGGAGUCACUGCUGGAGGCUCUGAAGAGGUUUAAGAGGGCAGAAAUAGAGGCGGAGCAGGCAGAGGAUGAAUCAGUUGACACUCAUGGUGCUGGGCGUCUGCGGGAGUACCAGCAACUCUCCUCCAGUUUGUUGCAUCCCUGCGAUGCCGGGAAGGAGCUGUGUAAUCAGAGCAAGAACCGCUACAAGAGCAUCAUCCCUUAUGAUCACUGCCGUGUGGUGCUGCAGCCCUCUGACACAGGGAAUGGCUACAUCAAUGCCAGCUACGUGGAUAGCUACCGGAGUCCACGUUUCUUCAUUGCAGCUCAAGGCCCCUUGCCUGGGACAGUGCUGGAUUUCUGGCAGAUGGUGUGGCAGGAGAAGACUUCAGUCAUUGUGAUGCUGACAGGCUUAGUGGAGCAGAACAAGACCAAGUGCGAGCAGUAUUGGCCUGAGCAGGAGCAGGUCUAUGGAGAUUUCACUGUGACACUCAACAACACCAGGACCACCACGGGCCUUGUCACACGCAUCUUCUCCCUGCAGAAGGCAGGCUGUGCUUUCCCAAGGGUGGUGGAGCAGUUUCACUACCUGCUAUGGCCAGAUCAUGGGGUCCCCAGAAACUCUGCCCAGCUCCUGUGCUUAGUGGAUGCAGUGAAUAAGAGGGCAUUGGAAGCGCCCGCUGGCCCCAUGGUGGUGCACUGCAGUGCAGGGAUUGGGCGCACUGGUACCUUCAUCGCCCUGGACUUCCUCCUGAAGAUGGGGAAGGCAGAGGGGAAGGUAGAUGUGUUUCAUUGCGUGCAGAGGCUGCGGGAGCAGCGCAUCAGCAUGGUGCAGACCAAGGAGCAGUACACCUUCCUGUACGAGGUGGUGCUCGAAGGCUUGCUCUGCGGCAGCACUGGGGUCCCAGUGGAGAGCAUCGCCAGCCACGUCCACUGCCUUCAAGAAGCUGAAGCCUCAAAGCACAACAGUGCCCUUGAGAAGGAGUUCAAGGCCCUGCAGAAGUUUUCCGAGUUGUUCCAGCUCCUGCCAUGCAGAGAAGCGGAGAAACCCAGCAACCAGCCCAAGAACCGCAAGCCAGGGAUCCUGCCAGCGGAUUCCUGCCGGCCCAUCCUGAUGUCCUCGCUGAACGCAGACGGCUCACCAGGUUAUAUCAACGCUGUGUUUGUCAACACAUACACUGAAGAGGACAGACUCAUCAUCACCCAGAUGCCCUUCCCCACCACAGUAGUGGAUUUCUGGGCUCUGGUCUGGGAUUACACCUGCACGGCGGUGGUUGUCCUGAACCAGCUGCAGGAGCUGGAUGAGACGUAUGCAGAGUUCUGGCCCAUGCAGGGCGAAGCUGCCUAUGGCCGUUUCCAUGUCCACCUCAUCUCGGAGGAGCCUGGAGCUGGCUUCACAGCCUGGACACUUUCCGUCACCAACAAGCAACAGCCCAAGAAGCCUCCACUGGAAGUGCGGUUCUGGCAACUGAAAGACUGGCCCAUGAAGCAGCAUCUUCCUCCACACCCGGCCACCAUCAUCAGCCUGCUUGGGAAUGUAGAGACACACCACCGGCAGAGCCGGGAUGGACAUAUCCUCAUCACCUGCUGGGAUGGUGCCAGCCGGAGCGGGAUCUUCUGUGCUGCUGGUUUCCUAUGUGAGCAGAUACAAAGUGAGGGGCUGGUGGAUGUGUCCCAGGCUGUGAGGAUGCUGAAGAGACGGCGGAGACAGCUGAUUAAAGACGUGGAGCAGUAUGGGCUCUGCUACGAACUAGCCCUCAGUUACUUGAAUUCAUUUGAAACCUAUGGGAAUUUCAAGUAGAGGCAUGGCCACAGCACUCUUCCAGCCCUCCAUCAGUAACAACGGAAACCACAGGAGACAAGAAGGGUGUGCACAGCCCCAGGAUGCUUUACUCCCAUGAGAAGCCACCCCAAGGGUCCUCUAUGGCUGGAAAGCACUAGCUGGACUGUCUCCCAGUUGUGGUGAGGCUUUGAAGCAGGACCCUUUGCCCAACCUUUGCACAGGAACUUACUGGAAUCACAGCCUGAGUAUGCAGAACAGAGCAGGGGCACCAGGACUUGACCUGUUUGUGCCAGGGAUGAAGAGAAUCAGGCUCCCUUGUCCCUUCAGGCAGCCCCAAGAAAGUGGCAUAGCUCUACCAACACCCAGUGUUCUACCAGGGGAGUGUUGGACUGCUGUAAGAUCCAUGGGGCUUGGGAGGAUAUGGCCCAAUCUGCCAGAACCAUGAAGCCCAAGGCCAACAAGAGCCAAUGGAGGGACAAUCCACAGUCCUUCCCACCCCACACAAUCCCUUCCUGGAGCUCCAUCUUCCUGAGGCUGGUCCAGGUGCCACAGCCCUGCUAGAUCCCAAGAGGCUCCCUCAGCAUCCUGUCUGGCUUCACCAUGGCUACAUGGUCUGGCUCCCAGGUUGUAGCAGCUCAACUUAAACAUCUUGGAUGUGGUUCCAAGCAGGGGCUGCUGCGCCACAGAGACUGGUUCUACCCUUGCUGCUCAAGGGUUCUCAGAGCAGGGACUGACCCCAUGGCUCUGUUCUGUGUCUCAGCAAUAAAGGCUCUGUGCCAACCA